AUGCAACAGCAGCAGCAGUCAGUGGGCGGAGAGGUCGAAGGAGAGCGGGUAGCAGCGGGAUCGGGGAGAGACGGCGCAGAGGAAGGGGGUGAGUUCCCCGCGGAACUUGCGCGGAGGCUCCGCGACUUGCAUCAGGAGCAUAUCGAGGCGCAAUGGCGGGAGCUGAAUAGCGCGGAGGAGCGCGCGCGCCUGGUGCAGGCUGUGGAGGCAGUGGACGUGGAGAGAGCAGUGCGUGUGUUCGAGGCGUCAACCCACUCCUCACACAAUGCGCCUUCGGCGCCCCUGCAGGUGCAGCCAGUGCGGAACGUGUGUGCACUGGAGGGGCGAUCGGGUGCAAGCGCGCAGCAGUGGAGGGAGCAGGGCCUGGCAGCCAUCGCCCAGGGCCGACUCGCCGUGCUGCUGCUGGCCGGCGGACAGGGAACAAGACUGGGAAGCUCCGCACCAAAGGGCUGCUAUGACAUUGGCCUGCCGUCGCACAAGUCGCUGUUCCAGCUCAUGGCAGAGCGCCUGCUGCGCAUGCAGAUGCUCGCUGUGGACGCUGCAGGUACAUCUGUCUCAUCGUCCGCGGCCGUGCACAUCCCAUGGCUCAUCAUGACGUCGCCAUUCACCCACCAGCCCAUCCUCGACUUCUUCUCCCUCCACAACUACUUCGGUCUCCUGCCCUCCCAGGUGCAUUUCUUCCAGCAGGGCUCUGUGCCGUGCUUCACCAUGGACGGCCGCAUCAUCCUUGAGACUCCCACCACGCUCUCCCAAGCGCCUGAUGGCAAUGGUGGCGUGUAUAACGCGCUGAAGGGCAGUGGUCUGCUGGACAGCAUGCAGGCGCAGGGCGUCACACACGUGGAGUGCUUCUCAGUUGACAAUGCCCUUAUCCGAGUGGCGGACCCUCUUUUCCUGGGCUACGUGCUGCACGAGUCUGCAGACUGCGCGGCUAAAGUGGUGCAGAAGGCCUACCCAGAGGAACGGGUGGGCGUGUUUGUGCGCACCAACCACGCACCACUGAAGCCCACACGGGCAAGCGAGCAGCGCUCUGUGACAGGGGAGAAUGGGGAGGAGGGGGAGGGAGAGGAGGAGGAGCUGGUGACAGCAGUGAUGGAGUAUAGUGAGCUGCCUCAAGGGAUGGGGACGUCUGUGGACGACGCAACAGGCAAACUUAAAUACAACUGGAGCAAUAUCUGCAUUCACAUGUUCUCUGUGGAGUUCCUACAAGCAGCCGCACAAGCUCUCGACCACCACUGCAUCCAUCAUCUGGCUGUGAAGCGCAUUCCGUCAGUGGACGGGGCAGUGCAGGGGGUGAAGCUGGAGCAGUUCAUAUUCGACGUCUUCCCCCUCGCCUCCACCCUCGCUCUCCUCGAGGUUGCCCGGGAGGAGGAGUUUUCGCCAGUCAAGAACGCCCCUGGUGCUGCUGCCGACUCACCAGACACAGCCCGACAGCACGUGCUGUGCCUGCACGCGCGAUGGGUCCGGGAGGCUGGCGGGCAGAUCGUAAGGAUGGGUGGAUUUGAUGGUGAAGGGGUUGAAGGGGGUGAGGAGGGGGAUGAGGGAGGGGAACAGAGGGAUGAGGGAGUGGAGGUGUCACCCCUUGUGUCGCAUUCUGGGGAGGGUUUGGAGGGUGUGUGUAAGGGAGUGGUGUUUGAGGCACUGAGUGAGAUUAGAGGAUGA